CAAGACUGCCGUGCGCACGGCUGCUUCAACUCCGGCCUGUGCACCCAGCUGAAUCCCAACUCCAGCUUUGAAUGCGUCUGUCCUAAAGGCUUCGUCGGGAAGCGAUGUGAGCAGGAGUUGUGCUCCCCUGGUGCUUGUCAAAAUGGCGGAACGUGCAGGGUCACCAGCAGAACCACCUUCGCCUGUGACUGUGUCGCCGGGUACAAGGGUAGUAACUGCGACGUCCUGGCUUCGUGUGACCCCAAUCCGUGUCAGAAUAACGGCCGAUGUUUUCAAGACAGAAACGGAGAAUUCGUCUGCCAGUGUGCAAGGGAUUUCCGCGGGAAAUAUUGCCAGGAUGUUGAUUUAUGUGCGUCCUCGCCAUGUCUCAAUGGAGGUCAGUGUGUCGUCCGGGAGGGCAGCACAAAGACACAUUGCCAGUGUCUGCCAUCUUUUUCCGGAGAUCGUUGCCAGUAUCAGGACUUCUGCGUCUCCAACCCUUGUUUUAAUUCAGGGACCUGCUCUUCCAACGGAAACAGUUUCAGAUGUGAAUGUCCGCCAGGAUUUUUUGGGGCUACUUGUCAAGUUUUAGAUCCGUGUGCCAGAUUGCCGUGUCAGCAUGGCGGGACGUGCAGACGUGUAGUAGAGAGCGGGUAUGUGUGUGAAUGUAGAGACGGGUUCGACGGAAAUCACUGUCAGAACCAUGCGUCGUGCCGACGUCAACCAUGUCUGAAUGGGGGCAAAUGUUUCCCUGAUGGCGCAGAUUACUUCUGCAGGUGCAUGUCGGGUUUUUCCGGCAUCAACUGCCAGAAGUCCAGCGCAUGUUCUUCGAACCCUUGCCGAAACGGCGGCUCGUGUUACGAAUCGGCGUCGACACACGUCUGCGUGUGUCCGGAUAAAAUGACCGGUAGAUUUUGUGAAAACGAACUGACACCCGGUCCGUGCAGCAGCAACCCCUGCUUGAAUUCUGGUUCCUGUUUCCAGUCCGGUAGCGACCAUCUGUGUCUCUGUCCUCCAAGUUUGACCGGAAGUCGGUGUGAGCACGUUCUCAAGGCCACAUGUGAAGGCCGCCGGUGUCAAAAUGGUGGAUCCUGCUACUCAUCCGGAAACUCCAGUAUCUGUGUGUGUCCUUCGGAAUAUUUGGGCGACAUGUGUGAAAUUAGGAACCCGUGUCACGCUGGUCGAUCUAUGUGUGGUUCUAACGGACUUUGUCAACCAUGCGAGAAAGGAACUGCCUGCGGACCUAAUGGAAGAAACUUCAUAUGUUCUUGUUUUCCCGGUCAUCUUGGCGCUCACUGUGAAAUCCCGGAUCCUUGCGUCGCAGGUGCUGUAGUGUGUGGCGUAGAGGCGACGUGUGUUCCGAUUCCAGCAUUAAAAACGUUCACAUGCCAAUGUGUCACUGGACAGACGUCAAGGAACUGCAGCGUUUCCAGUCCUUGUUCAUCAAAUCCUUGUAAGAACAAUGGGGUUUGCAUGCCUCAGACUUUAUCUUCCUCAGGGUACUCGUGCUCAUGCAGAGAAGGAUUCACUGGAUCACAUUGCGAACGUGUGCACCAGUGUGCACCUCAACACUGCGACAACAACGGGACGUGUUUCGAGGAGGUUUCCGAUCAGGACAACACAAUCAACGUUAGGUGCAGGUGCCCCCUGGGAUUCUCGGGGGACCGCUGUGAACAACCCGAGACCUGCUCGUGUCUGAAUAACGGAAGAUGCGCCGAGGUCAGAAACCCCCAAGGUACCGGAAGGAGCAGCUACGCCUGCCAAUGUCAGUACGGGUACAGCGGCUCAAUGUGUGAAAGAGAACAGAACUGUCUUGUGGCGCCCUGCCUCAACCAUGGCAGAUGCGUGGUCAACUCUUCGGGUGUGCACGUCUGCUCUUGUCCGGGAAGUUUUCUGGGGAAGUUCUGCGAGACGCAACUGACGUGCGACAUCGUUCCGUGUUUAAACGGGGGUGUGUGCCUACUCGAGAACAUGGUCCCGCGAUGUUUAUGCCUGCCAGGGUUCACGGGCAUGCGCUGUGAGCAGCUUGAUACCAGUUCCGCGUGCGCCGUGAUUUCUUGUCAAAAUGGCGGCCGAUGUGUGCCGGACAAGAACAGGGCGGGCGUUUGCGUGUGUUCCCGGGGCUGGACCGGAGAUAUGUGUGAGCAGCAUGCCGGGCACGCGAUUGGGGCGUGUCAUCCAAGACUUUGUCUAAAUGGAGGAACGUGCAUUGAACCCAUUGGUACGUCUUUAAAUGUCUGUUUUGUUGUUUUGCAGUAAAAAAUUUAAUAUUGAAUAUGUUGCCACUGAACCAAUCUGAAUAAGAUUGUUCACGUUUUACAAACAGCGGCAGUCAACUCAUGUCGCAUAGGUUUUGCUCAAGAUAAAUAGAGAAAACUGUAGAACAACGAUGACGCUUAACUAUUCUUUCCACCUAUUCCAAAAAAUAGAUCUUUAAGUUUAUGAUGUUACUGAUCCAUUUCUCCCUUCGCUACAGGAAACGAUGGCCCCAUGUGUCUCUGCGCCGUUGGCUACACUGGUGCCAACUGUGGACUCCCGAUAGAUCCGUGUUCAAGUCAUAGCGCCUGCUUGAACGGCGGCACCUGCACAGUCCGGUCGUUAGCCCCGCCCUCCUACGUCUGCCGUUGUCCUAGCCAUUACAGCGGUUCCAGAUGUCAGAUUAAACCCCGUGACCCCUGCACCCCCAACCCCUGCGCUAACAAUGGCAGAUGUUCUGUUGACAGCAGCCCCGGUGGCUACGUUUGCAGGUGAGUCGGCCCAUUUUAAAUUGAGGUCAAGCGGAACAGAGUUCCUAGUUGUCUUUGGAAAAUUGUACAUCAUUUGAUAUUUUACAAUAGAAAAUAUUUUACACAAUAGAAAUCGUACGAGGAAAGAAAAGUAUGAUUGAGUCAUAUAUACCGUUCAGAGCUGGGUCAAUAAUCAUCACACAAAGAUAGGGAGAAAAAUUCAAAAUUCAAUAUCAUUUAAAAAUCUAAAAAAUGUGAUGUCUAUUUUAAAUAUAUAUAUAUAUAUAUAUAUAUAUAUAUAUAUAUAUAUAUAUAUAUAAAUAUAAAAACAAAGAUAGAGAGAAAAAUUCAAAAUUAAAUAUCAUUUAAAAAUAUAAAAAAUGUGAUGUCUAUUUUAAAUAUAUAUAUAUAUAUAUAUAUAUAUAUAUAUAUAUAUAUAUAUAAAUAUAAAAAAUUAGUUCACGAGUCUUUUCGUAACGCCCUGUACUGGAGCAAUAGUCUUUGGCCAUAGAAGUGUGGUUUUGUUUCUCAUGACUUAACAUCAAGGUCCGGGUUGGGUUUGAAUACAAAAAAAUGGAGGAGUGAGAUCUUUCGCUGAAGACAUAAACUGGUCAGACUCAUCAAAAUUUUUCCCAUUUGUUUCUUCUUUACUAUAUCAAAGUCUCCUUUAUGAUACUUUACGUAGUUCUGAAUUUAAAUUUUGUUCCAAGGUUAGGGGGUCAUCUGUUGUGACCAAUAGAACCAAAGAGAAUGAAAUGUCUGGGGGUUGACCUAAAUUAAAUUUCAAGUAAUAAUAAACCUUGAAAAUGGCCAUCGCUCUCCCCCCCCCACCCCGUUUAGAAAGAAACAACAACAACAAAGAAGAAAAUAUAAUUUGCAUAAAGGCGACUUCCACUACAUUAAUAUGUCAACGUUUUACAACUACUUUGGUUAAUGGUCAAGUCUUUGAUCAGAUCAUCAAAUCUAAUCUUACGAUCAUCAAACCUAAUCUCAUAAUCAUCAAACCUAAUUUUAAGAAAUACAUCAUCAGCUUUCAUACUAAGUAGGUAUCUAGCAUCAUUUUCAGUUUUCAACAAUAAGGUCGGUGGUAAGUCUCGUAAAGAAAUGGUUUUCGGACACGCCACAAUCGGUUUAGAAAAUCCUUGAUUUGAUGCGUAUUGGGUCCUGUAAACUACAAAUAUAACAUUAAAUAUCAUUGUCAAUAGAAACACGGUGAGCUCAUUAUCUUUGUAUUCAACUGCCAGAUGUGAGCUGCCUUUUACAGGAGACAAGUGUCAGCUACAAUCCAUUGGAACUUGUUUAUCUAACCAGUGUAGAAAUAUGGGAACUUGUUUGUAAGUACAAUACACGUCUGUCUAACAAAUGUAGAACCAUUGGUUCAUGUCUGCCUAACCAAUGCUGAAACAUUGGUUCAUGUCACUCUAACCAAUAUAAAAACAUUGGUUCAUGUCUGUCUAACCAAUGCUGAAACAUUGGUUCAUGUCUGUCUAAAAAAUGCUGAAACAUUGGUACAUUUCUCUUUAACCAAUGCUGAAACAUUGGUACAUAUCUCUUUAACCAAUGCUGAAACAUUGGUACAUGUCCCUUUAACCAAUGCUGAAACAUUGGUACAUGUCUCUUUAACCAAUGCUGAAACAUUGGUACAUGUCUCUUUAACCAAUGCUGAAACAUUGGUACAUGUCUCUUUAACCAAUGCUGAAACAUUGGUACAUGUCUGUCUAACCAAUGCUGAAACAAUGGUCUUUAGGCCCUUUGUUGCACAACUGGAACUCUUAGGUAAGAAACUUACGUUUACCAAAAUGACCAUGACAUUAACACUGGCCAUAUUACAUGGACACAACCAUUCAACAGAGAAGUCCCGCCCCAUUCGUUUGUCUGCCGAUGCCUGGACGGAUGGCAGGGCCAGUACUGUCAACUUUGGGCGGCUGAAAGUGGUUUGUGCCCCCCAAACUUCUGUUCAGGACGUGGCGUGUGUUACCUGGGCAAAGACCACGAGCCGACGUGUCGAUGUUACAGUGCAUUUGGGGAUCAUUGUGGCGAGUACCUAGUAAAAAUAAUAUCAAGAUUUCCCAAACUUUAAAAAAAAACUAUCAGAAAACAUUUGAAUAACUCAAGUCUAAUCGCUUCUCAACUUUGUUGUUUUUCAUCUGCUUUUAAACAUUUUUUUCCCGUUUAUAACAAUUAAAAAAAUAAAAAUAAGUAUAUGAAGGUGGUAAUCUUUACAAAAUAAAUACAAAAAAGUUAAUUUUUAGACGAGGUUGAACAAAAUUAUUACUAUAAAGUUUAAUCUUCCUUUGAAGUGUGACUGUUUCUUACCAUCUGACUCUAGCAUGGUCUUGUGUGACCGUUUCUUACCAUCUGACUCUAGCAUGGUCUUGUGUGACUGUUUCUUACCAUCUGCCUCUAGCAUGGUAUUGUGACUGUUUCUUACCAUCUGACUCUAGCAUAGUCUUGUGUGACUGUUUUUUUACCAUCUAACUAUAGCCCUAGCAUGGUCUUGUUUGACUCUAGCAUGGUCUUGUUUGACUCUAGCAUGGUCUUGUGUGACUCUAGCAUAGUUUUGUGUGACUGUUUCUUAGCAUCUGACUAGAGUCUUAUUUAAUGUUUGUUAUUUUAAGUGUACGUAAAUGAUUUAUUUUUUUUUGUGUGGAUGUUAGCUGACUUUGUGCCUCAUUCAUGACAAGCUCCCGUGUGAUUUAUAAAUUAUUUUAUUACAGCUAUGAAUAAUGAGAUUCAAUUUUCUGUUUUUAAAUCCAGAAUACACCUGUGGCGUGCUGCAGAGUGGUCUAAUCCCCCACCCCGAGGAAUGUGGCCUGUACGUCAUGUGCGUGUGGGGGAAACCUUACGUCAUGCAGUGCCCCAGGAGUGACCUCCACUUCAACCCCAGACUCAGUAUAUGUGAUUGG